AAAAGGUGUAUGCCUACAGAUGAAUGAAUAGGUUAAAGACCUCUCCAGUAAAUAACGACAUUGCAGGCCUCAAUAAUAUUAUCGGUUUCUUUUCAUAUAUAACAAGUUUCAUGAGGUAAUUCAAUGUGUAAAUCAGAAAUAUUUAUACUUAAAGCGGGGAAUGUUCCAAUGGAAAUCUUGGCGCGUGGGCACGAAGCAAUGGAAGCUUUUAAUGAUGCUCUAGCUGAGGGAGAAGCAGAGGUUAAUCAAGGAAGGACAGUUUUCAUGGGCCUCGAGAGAGUCGGAAAGACCUCUACUAUCAAGUCAUUUUUAAGGAAUACUUUUGAUCCAAAUGAGGAUAUUACGGACGCAAUUGCCAACACAAAGGUGUGUACCCACGAAUUGCACGAUGAAUUGAAUUGGAAGGAAGCACCACCUGAUCAUUGUAAGUAAAGCAAACACUUUUAUACUUUUUGUACAAG